CACAAAAAGAGGAACUCCAUUGUUAAAUCAAGAAAGAAACUUCAGAAACUAAGAGCUAUCAACGUUCCACAAGUAUUUGAAUGGGUCGAAAAAUGGUGAAGAUGGCAAGGAUAAUGAACGAGAAGACGAGGAUAACGACUUACAGGAAGAGGAAAGAAUGUUUAUUCAAGAAAGCCAAUGAGUUCUCAACACUCUGUGGCGUCAACACAUGUCUCAUCGUGUAUGGCCCGACCAGAGCAGGGGACGAGAGAAUCGACCACCCCGAGUUAUGGCCCAAGGAUGAGAGAAAAGUCAGAGAGAUCAUAACCAAGUACAGAGACACCGCCUCGAGCAGCUGCAUCAAAACCUACUCUGUACAAGAAUGCUUGGAGAAAGGCAAGAUCAAGUUGGAGAAAGAGAAGUAUUGUCCGUGGGACAACAAGCUCGAAAAGUGUUCUUUAAACGAGCUAUAUGCAACUUUCGUGACAGUCUGUAACAAGAUUCAAGAAGCUGCUAAUAGGAAGCAGACAUUUCCCGAUGCUUCUUGGUCUACUCAUCGUGACCAACUUGGUUUGAUAGGUUACAACCAGCCAUGUCUCGAGCAACACCAGUUGUUUCCUAUGUCUUCAAUGGAGCAGAACGGUUUCGCAUUUCUCCCGUUUCUUAACCAAAUGACCUCGACCUCGAACACCGGGGAAGUUGCGUCUUUCUCGAACGUGACAGAACCGGAGAUGACUCAAGCCAUGUUUUACGGAAGCUGUUCGGAUGGUCAGUACGCUCCGAUGGUACAGAAGACAGACUAUAUGGAACCAGUGCAGUGGGGUUUAGGGAACAGUAUGUUCAGCAACGUGAAGCCUUUCGCAGACUAUCCCAUGAGGUUUGGACAAGUUAAUGACUUGGAGAGUUCUGGUAAGACUCCUAUGUGA